GUUUGUUCGUUCCUCCCUUCUUCAGCUUCUUUGAUUUAUACCUGUACAGCAGUGCUGUCGUUCCUUCGGUGCGUUUUGAAUCAAAUUCCUUUCGUUCACAAGAGCAGUCACUCCUUUGCUGCUCCAUUCCUUCUUUAAGCCGCGUCUUGUUCCAUUCGCUUGAAUUGUUAUACUAAACCAACCAUCUGGACACUUUCGAGAGGUCCUCAACUCCUUCACCUUUGCUCGGCAUUAUCCUCUACGCUCUACACUAUCGGCAAGACGUUUACUUAGAAUCAGCUGGUCUCAUUCCCGUUACUCAAAUAUUCCAUAACCGAAACUCAAAAAAGAAAUAUGCAACUUGCGAACACUCUUCUGGUUGCCUGCGUGGCCUUCUCACCAUUUGCUACCGCGGCGGUGCAGGCUAUACCCAAUACUGCUGCUGUCACAACCUCGAGCGCUGCCAAUCUCGAAGUCUUCUCCUCCACCACGCCAACCCUGGCUCCCACGUCGGCUACUUCGUCCCCGCUCAUUCCGAGCAGCAGCAGCGCCGACGUGGCUGCCAUCACCAGCUCGGAAAUUCACUUAUCAAGUUCGUCGAAUCUUCCCACCCACACGCCAUCUUUCAGUCGACACAUCUCCAGCUCCGCUAUCGCCAGCUCCUUGCGGGCUAGUUCUUCUGGAGCUGCCAGCUCUUCCUUUUCCAGGUCCUACAUUACCAAGGCCACAGCUCUUCCCACCACAGGCACCUCUACCAAUAAGGAAUCCGAGUCUCGGUCCUCUACCUCUGCCGAUGCCGCUGAAGCGACCGAGACCAGUGCUGCGGUUCCAGCCUUCAAGCUUCCAGGUGGUUUUGCUGUUGGUAUCUUCGCUGCCGUUGGUCUUGCCAUGCUGUGAAACCCUUGGGCCUACAGCCUUUUCUAGGGAUAUCACAUUCGGUUUACUGUGCCUGUCUAAAGUGAUUUGAGUGCAUACUAGACCCCUCUAGUUUUGCGUGCGGCGUAUUGGCUAUCAAGGCGAGAGCGUAGGGCUGUGUGGCCGUUCCGUCUAUUAGUGGGCCUCUCACUGCACUGUGACAGAGCUCGGAAGAUUGGAUGAGAAGGAACAAGCGAUCGGAUAUUUGUAGAAUUAAGUUGGAACCCAGCAUUAGGAUCACGUUUGCUAAACUAUGGCCAAGCGGAAACUUACCUUCGAUGGAGUUAUGCCUAGCUUCUGAACCCUGCCUUGCGAUUCCAUUGAUAGAGUCAGAAUCUCACCAAGUAGGUAAUCAGGACGGGAAAGAGGCAGUUUUAUAUUGACAUUCCGUACAUGAUACAAGCUAUGGU